CUUCUGCCUGAAGGGCGAGGUGAUGGACGGCAAAACGCCCGUGGUCAUCGACUACACGCCCUACCUGAAGUUCACGCAGAGCUACGACUAUCUGAGCGAGGAAGAGGAGCGGGGCAGCAUGGAGAGCAGCACGAGCGAGGACAGCUCCCCCGAACACCCCUACCUGCCCCUGGUCACCGACGAGGACAGUUGGUACAACAAAUGGCGCAAGAUGGAGCAGAAAUUUCGCAUCGUUUAUGCCCAAAAGGGGUACCUGGAGGAGCUGGUGCGGCUGCGGGAGUCGCAGCUGAAGGACCUGGAGGCGGAGAACAAGCGGCUGAAGCUGCGUCUGGAGGAGGUGAUGGUGCAGAACCAGCUGGAGAAGAGGGAGCUGGAGGGCGUCAUCCUGGAGCUGCAGGAGCAGCUGACAGGGCUGAUCCCCUGCGAGAACCCGCAGCUGGCACAGCUCUCCAAGGAGAUGGUGACGCCUCUGGUGAACCAGUGGCCCUCGCUGGGUACCCUCAACGGCAACGAGAGCGGCUCGGACAGCAAGCUCUACAGGAGGUAA